CACUACAUCCAUAAUUGUGCCUCGCGGCCAUAGCUAGCCUGCCUGCCUGCAAUAGCCGCCGAGCACCAAUUUACCAACUAUAUAUAGAAUUGGUCUCCUCCUCGAUCAGUUCAGUUGCCAACGCAGAUCCAUGGAUACCGAUGGGAAAGCCGACGCCGGACUCCUCGAGCGGAGCCGUCGUAUCAAGACGGCGGCCGAGUUGGGCCUCGCCCGCUCCUCUCGCGGCCGACACUGGAGCCGCGCCCUCCUCCUCCGCCGCCGCCUCUUGAUCAGCAAAGAGGAAACUACGACGACUACGAGAGCGGCGGCGGAAGUGGAGAAGUUGGGGGUGGAAGAUGAACCAGAGGAGAAGAUGUUGCAGGCCCGGGUGAGGACCCUGCAGCGGCUGGUCCCCGGCGGCGAGGAGAUCAUGGAAGCGGAGCGGCUGUUCGAGGAGACGGCCGACUACAUCGAGGCGCUGCAGGAGCAGGUGAGUGCAAUGCGGGCGCUGGCGUGCUUGCUCCAUGGAUUCCAAAGGACGAGAGGAGGGAGUUAAUGUCGGAACAUUAAGAGAGAUUAAGUUAUCAGAAAAGUAAUAAUGCAGCAAUAGAUAGAUCGACCUUAAGAAUCAAUUUCAUUCCGUUGAAAGAACUAAUGACACGAUUCUUAGGUUGGCGUUGA